AAAAAAAAAAAUCGUUUCAUGCAGAACCAACUUAAUCUCAAUGUUUUAGUAAAAUUUAUUGCAAUCGAGCCCUGUUUUAUCCUCGCCGAGCAAUCGACACGUUCAAAUGAAGGAAGUGAAUGUAUCUCGGGGCCAUAAGGGACCCCACUUCCACUUUUAUGUACGCUCCUGAAACGAACUGACGGCGAUUGCUAGAACGACGAGAGCAGUAGAAUCGUUACUGUAGCACCAAGCCAACUCUAUAGUUAGAAUUCAGCGUUGAAUAAGAUAACUGCGCCUGGAUCAGGGGUCACGUCGACCCCACGUGCACUUCCAAAUUAUUUUUUUCUCGAGACCAUGGCUCGACAGGAUUCGUUGCGAAGUGAUUUGGCCAUACGAGAGGCUUUCCAAGCAUCGAACGAUGGAGACCCGGCCCUGGACGAAGCGUCGGAUGGCGACGACGACGAGAUCGAAAAUGACUCGGGGUCAGAGGCACAUCGAGACGAAGAAUUUCGACCGGAUGAACUCGGGGCUCCGGUGGAAUUGAAAGUGGAGCUCGCGCAAGUAAAAGAGAAAUUUUCUCAAAGGAAGCGACUGAAAGGAAUUCCCGGGACUGCUGAACCCGACCAGGGCUGCAGACUUGUUUCGGCUAAAGCUGGACCCGAAUGGCGCGCGAAGGCGUCAGGAGAAUCGCGAAAUCCUGUGAGCCCUUGCACCAGUUACCUCCCAGCACCGAUCGGCGAAGCGAGAAACGUGAGCACGUCGAUCGAAGCGUGGAGCUUGUUCUUCAGCUCGGCGAUCCUCGAGAAAAUUCAAAAUCACACAAAUGAGGAAAUUCGUCGAUAUCGAGGCUCGAUCCACGCGGAUAACGCUUCGGAGUCCACGUACAUGGACGUCGAGCUCAAAGAGCUCAAAGCUUUCAUCGGUUUGAUGUACUUUGCCGGAUUACAAAAAGCGGUGAAAACGAAUCUCGAGGAGUUGUGGUCCAACGAAUAUGGCUCGACGUUCUAUCGAGCCGCGAUGUCCCUGAAGAGGUUCCAGUUUCUUGCAAGAACGUUACGAUUCGACGAUAAAACGACGAGAACGCACCGAUCGUUGGAAGAUAAAUUAGCUCCCAUCCGAGAAAUCUGGGAGGACUUUUUAACGAACUGUUCGAAAUACUACAAUCCAGGUUUCUUGUGCACCGCAGGUGAACAAUUGUUGAGUUUCCGAGGCCAGUGCCCAUUCAAAGUUCAAACUUCCUCAGAGAGAUGUGGCAUCAAAGUUUUCACGUUGAACGACGCGAGGACUUUUUACAUGCUGGCAGCCGAGCCGUACACGGCUAAAGUCACAGCGAACAAUGCCCAAUCCAAGUCUUCUUACUACGUGAAAAAAUUAUCGCGAUCGAUCGACGGUAGCUGGCGCAACAUCACGUGUACGAACGGGCUCACGUGCCUGGAGCUGUUCGACGAAAUGCUAGAAAAUCAUUCGCUAACGAUGCUUGGAGUGGUGAGAAAAAGCGAAGCACACAUCCCAGAAAAUUUCUCGCUCCCAGGAGCCCUUCGAUCGUCAAUUUAUGCUUACGAUAACGCGAAAACCCUCCUCGCCUACACUCUUCGAAGGGAUAAAGUUGUCGUGCUUCUCUCGACCUACCAUCGUAAAGAGGGGAUCGACGAAGAGACCGGAGAUCCGGAAAUGCUCACUUUUUACAACAGUACGAAAACGGGGGCUGCCAAGUUCGACGAAAUGUGUCGCGAGUACACGACGGCAAGGAAGAGCCUGCGAUGGCCGAUGAGACUCUGGAUGGGAAUGCUGGACCAAGCUGGCAUCAACGCCACGAUCAUUUACAACUUAAACUCCGCGAAUAGGAUCUCCGAUCGUAGAGGCUUUUUGAAGAGCCUCAUUUUCUCCCUGGUAGAACCGCACCUUCGCGCAAGGCUCGAAAUCCCUUAUCUUCAUCGGGACUUGCGUCUCUCCAUCCAAAUUCUACUCAAGAUCGAUCUUGAUCCUCCGGUGCCUAAAGCACACGAACGAACUAGAGGACGAAGGAGGUGCCUCUUCUGCCCUAGAUCUCGGGAUCGCAAAGUCAGCGUCUUUUGUGACAACUGCCAACGAGCCAUAUGCGACGAUCACAAAAUUAUUUCGUGCCUUGUUUGCUACACUCGAGCUUGAUGAAAUCAAAGUUUUUUUUAUUCUGCUAUUUUUUUUGUUUUAUUUUAAUGAAAAGAGAGAAGGCUACGGAAUCGCCGUCUACAUUUAUUUUAUUUUUCUUUCGUCUGUCCAGCGCCAUCUUUCAAACGAAUAAAAGUAGGCGAGGACGGAGUGACUAGGAACGCAGGAUAAAUACGGACACCGCACAAUCUUUGUAUUCCGUAAGCCCCAUUUUUAGGCACUUCAACUGAUGCCGUAGCCCUAUCGAGGUUUCGUGUACUCACACUGUUCAUAAAAUUUCGUAAACUUUGUAAAAAAUUAAUUUAAUAUCUUUAUUCCAUGUAAGAAUCAUUAACGCAGUUCAAACUUGGGCUCACCUUUCUGUUUUUAAUUAUUCAUUGACUUGUGAAAUUUCGCAGUUUGAGGUAAUUUCGAACGGCUUGUUUGGGAAUUUUUUUUCAAAUUUUAGUUACGUCGUAAAUACAUAUGAAAGAAAACACCAACGUAUGAUAUUAUUGAGUGCAUAAAUGUAGCAGUGAACGAUUUGAAAACAAAAAAGUUAUUUUUGUUUUGAAAAAUAUGAAAAUUCACGAUCCGAAGACUGGAUCAUGAGAAUCGAGUGUGAGAUUUGGGCUCACAAAACUGCACAAACGAAAGUACGAGUCGAAAAUAUGUUUGAGAUUUCUAUUGCAAUCUGGAUUCGCCCAAGGGCCGUUCGAAAUUACCCCGGAGGUUUGGGACAAAUCCGAAUUUUUCGGAGUGUUGUCUUUUGCUAAAUAUCUAGCAAUUUUUUCAUAUAUUUGUUAAAAUUUACAUGGGAAAUUGCAAACAAGAUAUCAAGGAGUAAAAAAGACUGAAAAUUUAGUUUGUAAUUUCA